UCACACAAUCUCAUACAUAUAAAUCUAACAAAGCAACAAUAACUGAAAACCCACUUUAAAAGUGACUUAAAAUUUGAAUAUAAAAUUACUUAUCAUCCAUAUCACUCAUACUACUAUUUAAUAGUAAAGCAGAGUCCCACUUAUUAAACAAGUAUGUAGUAUCUUUGCAAUUUCAACAGUGCAACUCCAUACAACAUCUCAAAGUUAAUAUGGGUUAAAGCAUAUUGAUGUAAUUUAAGCAAAUGUAUAGAAUCUUCUUAUUUCAAAUUGGCUCCUUUCUCUUUCUUUAGAUUUUGUCUUUCUAUUCCUACACGUCAAGUCAGUCAACUAAACGUCGAGGCCUUUUUCCCACUUGUUGGCUGUAGCUUUUAAUUUAAGUCACUUUUUUUUUCUCCUAGCAUAACGUCCCUUUUACUUUCUGGAAAUUUGAUAAUUUUCCCAUUAGACACUUUCACGAUCACAUUGACUUUUUGGCUUUACAAGUUAUUCGAAAAAACUUGGAAUAUUUGUCGGAUUCCAUUAAUGUUUCGGUUAAAGAUAGCAAUAGCAAAUCCUAAUUACCCAUAUCAGUGUGGCUGUGUGGGGAUGAAAUAUUGAUAUCUUUAUAUGAUCUAAGCAAUUUUCACCUUACGAGUUAGUUUUUAGGGUUACACUGUUAACCCUUGUGAACAUUGAACAAGAAUGUUACUUGAACCAAUAAGCCGAUAACAUAAUUAAAGUACAAAAUCAUUUUCGAACAUAUAACCAUACACUGAUAAAUUAAUAAUAUUUUUUUGGUUCGGUUUAUUGGUCAAAUCAAAAUCUAUUUGGUUCGAUUUAGGUCAAAUCAAAAUCUGCACACUCAAGUCUGUUUAUAUAGUCUUGGGCAAUUCUUAUCUGGGAUUAACUUAGAUCUCAAGUUCAUUUAGUUAAAUGUGUGAAAUAUCAUUGCAAAUGGUACAUACGAACAUGACCACAUAGUGCGAAUUUUGAGAGUCAAACAAGAAAAUCUUUGACUGCGAUUUAUUUGUAUGCCCUUGAAAUAUUUUAAAUUGUUAAUUCUUAUGACUUAUAGUACUUUUCUAUGUAGUUUCUAAAUAUGUUAAUUAUUUUUUAAAAACCUUAAAAAUUGUAUGUCUAGAUGCGGGAUUAAAAUAAAGAAAUUUCACUCUUGAAAUUCGAACUAUGUCAAGUAAAUGGAGAUGAGCCCAAUCCUAAAUUGGGAUAAAUGACACGUGUUUCUGUUUUCUUUUGUUACUUCUCCUGGAGAUCUUAAAGGGUGGGUGACUUUUCCUGUUCUCUUUUAAUGAAAAAAGAGGAUGAAUAUAUGAAAAGCGUCGAGUGAUUAUUAGAAACUUUUAACUGCUAGUAACAUGAGGCACACUUAACUAAUUUCAUGCAUACUUUUCGGGGGAGAAAUAACGUAACUUUCAUGAAGACUCGACGACAUGUUCAAAGUCUUCGGAAAUGAUUAAUUAAUUGUUAUAUUAAACAAAAAACUAUUUUUAAAGACAAGAAAAGGAGCACGAAACUACCACUUCAGUUGAUUGCAACUUCUUUAUGUGCUACCAGCGGAAUAUUUGUUUCUUUUUUCUGAAUAAAUAGCCUAUGCCAUUUCAAGAUUCUGGCAGAGAAGUUGGGGUCCUGUGCUCUGGUUAAUGUAGUAUUGAUAUCUUUCUUUGAACUCAGAGGAUUUGAUCUUGAAAAUGUCUGCAAAUAGAUUCCUGGAUGAAGGUCCUUCUUACGAGAACCAAUUAUCAGAAGAUGAGAAUGAGGAUGUGAUUCGUGCUAUUGAAUGCUCUCUCCAAGAAUCAGAGGCAAAAGAUAUAUACAUGGGUGAUAUGGAGUUUCCAGAGACUAAUGAUGUAGAAGAACUUGCACAAGCACUGGAAGAAAGCACAUUAUCUGAUACAGACGAGAGCACGAGUAUCGGAGGCAGAGAACUGAAAUGGUGGAAACUUUUCAAGGAGUUAAAUCCAUUUGUCCAACCAUCAAAGAGCACUUCUUUCUGGAGAAAGAGUAGCAAGCGGUGCAAUAAACUUGUUUGUGAUGUUUGUGAAGAACAGAUUUGCUCGGAUUGGUUAAUGUGUACCUACUGGCGCCAAACUAUCUGUGAGAAGCAUACAUCUGAUGGAACUCCUCAGUGCCACAGCUGUUCAAGAUUUAAGAUAGGAGAUGUGAAGUAUAUCACCCUGAAUGAUGGUCGGCAACUUUGCCCUGAUUGUCGUUGUACAGCAGUGAUAGAUCCUGGAGACUGUAAGCCCCUUCUUGAAGAAGUGCACAGAUUUUUCAAAGGAUUAAACAUGAAAGUCAGAUAUUACAUUCCAAUUCUGUUAGUUGAUGAAAAAGAGAUGAUGAGAAAUGGUAACAAUAAGAGCUCACUUGGCUUGACUAUUUAUGACAAAUCUACAUUGGACGCCGUAACUUAUGUGUCAAAGUCAAUACAAAAGGGUGAAAAAGUUAAAGUGGUGAAAGAAGUAGAACAUCUGGUUGAAGGACGCAAAGUGAAAGCAAUGCUGCUUUUACACGGCUUUCCAAAGGUGGCCUUGGGAGCAACUUUGGCUCAUGAAAUGAUGCACGCUUGGAUGCGGAUUGAAGGCUAUAGAGGGCUGUCCCUAAACAUCGCAGAAGGUAUUUGUGAAGUUUUCGCUCACAAGUGGCUAGAAUGGCAAUCUUUUACUGGUGAUGACAACAUAAAGGGUACAAGUGACAACGCUCAGUUCUUGAGAAAUCUGAAAGAGUAUCUGAAACAAGGAAUAGAAAAAAACCAUUCUGAGGCAUAUGGCCAUGGAUUUAGAGAAGCAAAAUGGGCAGUUGAACGUUAUGGUCUAAGAUCCACACUGGAACAUAUAUCUCUUACACGCAUGUUACCUGAAUGACUUAAUUUCGGUCAGUGUAACAUUGUCUUUAUGUUCAACUCAUUCAUCAUUUGGUGGAAACUGAAAAACUGAUUGCUCUUGGACAAACAUUACUGUGAAAUACCUGUAAAGAAAAUUUAUACUUGACUUUGAGACACCAGAUUCAGGUCAUGUAAGUACUUGGUCAAUACAGAUACAGACUGGAGUGAACAAAAAUUUCCAGCAGUCAUGUCAACACUGACCUGUACAACGGACGAAAUAUCCCCUGAUGAUCAGAUGAUAAGUUUGGCUUUUUUUUAGUUCUAUAUAUACUAGCUGUUUCCCAAUCUGUUCUAUCGGACUUUCUGCCUUAGAAGAACUUCAUGUGAGAUCCUGUCUUUUCUGUGUGAAUUUCUGGAGAUAAAGAUUUCCAAGCAUGCGUGUCAUAAAAGAAAUCCAUUUAAUAAAUUUUAUGGAGCAGGAAUUACUUGCAUCCCAUAAAGAUUACAAAAUUUGAAGAGUAACAGUACAUGUUCAUCAUACCAUUAUAUGCAUGAUAGUACAGUAGUUAUAUCCAUACCUCUGCUACGACUUGGGGAUUUCAUCACUAAUCAGAAAUACCCCACCUAACCUUGUUUUGGCUGGACCAUGUCUACA